AUGGCGAGUACUAUUUACCGCCUGAUCACAAUCGUCUCGGCUCUCUCAUUGCUUCAUUGUGCCUACUCCGCCGCCCAACAUCGUUUCUACCUGCGUCUCACAGAGCAACCGUUCGUUAGUCUUCCCGUUGACGUCGUAGCCCAAACAGUGAUUUCGCUGGUUGCAUUGAUCUACGGCACAUCGUUCAUCGCAAACCCAUUCCAGUAUAUAAAGAAAGAUCAACAUCACGACCGAACAUGCGACGAAGCACUCAACUGUCCAUCAUUCAUCACCUUCGACAACCGGGCCAAAGCGAUGUCUCCCGAAUUCGCCAUGCUACGCACACUGAAGCAGCAACAACGUCAACGACAAGGUUCCUCUCGAACUCACAGCGGUCGAGUAUCGGAGGCGAUUCACUCUUCAGAUUCGGAUUCUCAAGAAUAA